UUUAUUACAGCUUUCCUAAACUUUAAUUAACUGUUCUUUAUUAAAAAUAUUCCAAGAAUUUAAAAUGGGUGCCUGGCUAAGUCACGCAUGGUCCAAUCUGGUAAGAUUUAUUACUGGAUUACGAUCGGUUCCGACUGGAUAUAGAGCUGGCUCUUCUGGAGGUGAUUCCGAAGUUUACUACGAUUGGACUGACGAAAACAUGGAUGUUGAGGACGAACGAAGCCAGGACGUUGAAGAGCCUUCUGAUGGAACUGAACUACGAAGACGAAUGACAUCUACGACCCCUGAUCCUAAAGUUGAAAGGUCAUCAUCAAAAUCUGAAUCGACUUCUCCAUUGAAAUCUGAUUGGAAUGAAAGUGCAGAACAUCCAAAACCAAAACUUGAUGUUGCGCCUCCAAAUAAGAAAUCAAAAACUGAAAACGAAGAGAAGGCGACAAAAGUGGAAUUCAAAACUGUUCCGAACCUGCAUUUUGGUGAUCAGGAUGAAAUGCCUAAAUCUCUUUCUCCAGAUUCUGUUAUAUCAGAAAAAGUGCUUGACAGUCUUGGCCCUGAAAAUGCUGAUACUAGCACCACUCAGAAUUUCGAAAGUAGUUCUGAAAGUAGCGUUUCGUCAGAAACCAGUGAGGAUGAAAAAAAAGAUUACGAAAUCACUCAAAGUUUCGAAGGUCGUUCUGAAGGUCAAAAAGCUAUAGUUUUAUCUGAAAACGAGACAAAAACUAAAAGUGAAGAUGAAUUACAUGCAAUUAAUGUUGAAAUGGAAUCGAAUCUUGGAAAUAAGGGAUUGUCUCCCGAAUCAGGGACGAGACCCCCAAAUCCAGGAUUUGAUGAAGAUUCAAGCAAGAAGGUUAAAAAAAUGUCUACUGAAUUAGAAGAAUCUUCUUCAAAAUCUCCAAUUUCGGAUAGUCAUAGUCGGAAACCUCCCAGAACAAAACCGUCAUCUCCUUUAAAAUCUCAUUUGGUUGAAGAUUUGGAUGAACGAGACCCGAAACUCAACGUUGCUCCUCCAACUAAAAAAACUAAAACUGACGUAGACAGAAAAGUUCCAACUUCAUUGGAGGUGACAGAAAAAAUGCAUUUUGAAUCUGUUCCUGAUUUACAUUUUGGUAAUGCAGAUGGGAAUUUUUGCCCCGAAACAUUAUCCCCUGAUUCUGUUAUGCCAAGAGGAAUUCCAGAAUCGAGAGAAAUGGAUGCCAACUCUGGUUAUAAGGCUUCAUUAGAAGUUGUGGAAAAUGCAGACAGCACUGAGAUGACCAAUAUUACUGAUGAUUCGAAAAUUGAUGACCAAGUAAAACAGAAAAGUUAUGAAAGCGAUAUGACCGAUAGUGUGCCACCUGAUCUUGUAAAAACAAUUCAAAAAGAUGGAAAUGGUACUUCUGAAGAAGCUGGGUCAGAUUCACUUAAUCACGAAGUUCCUACUGCGAAUAACGUCAUUGAGAUGAUGCAAGAUACCCAUGGAGCAAAUAAUGAUGACCGAAAUGCUCAGGAAAGUUUUGAAGAUAAUGCUGACGCCACUACAUUUACAGAAGCUGAUGGAAGUGAAAAAGCACUGUUAGAUAAUGAAUUGGAAUCGCAAGUAGCUAUGUUAGUCGACCCUGAUCAAUCAAAAGGGUCCAAUUGGAAGGAAAAUCCCCGCAUUCAGGGACAGGCUGACCAAAUCAACCUAACAAGCAACGCAGGGGCCCCUGACUGUGUUGUGAAAGUCCCGAUUGAGGAAAAAAACAGCACAGAAAGCACCCAAUUUCCUCAAACAGGAGACAAAAUAGCAGGAGGUAUAGUUCAUGAUCUCAGUAACACAGUUUUGAGCCAAAAUACUAAAAUCGAAAUGGUAAGUGGGGUUGAAAUAUGUGAUGCCAAAUCAGCUACAAAAAUCGGCGUAAGUGUCCCAUUAGGGGUGAAAGAAUAUCUCAUUGAGGCCAGUGAUGCUGACACAGAUAAAACUAACGAAAGUGACGAACAGAAACCUGCGGAGGAUAUGGAAAAUAAAGUGGUUGCAUACGAAAUAUCGAACGAAGAGACAAAUGAAGGCAAUCAAGGUUUGGAAAACAUCAUUGGGGAGUCAGAAAUGUUAAAAGAAAUGCAAAAAAGUGAAAUUGAGACCUCAGAGAUUUAUGCUGCUGAGGCGCUGAUAGAAAUUGGCAAAAAAGUUGACGGGGCAAUAUUUGAACAUUCUGCAGGCAAUGUAUCUAUUAAUGAUGAGAUUGUUGCUGUCGACGAUGAAAUAAAGAACAAACAAGGGAGUGAUUUAGUAGGGGAAUCCCCCACUGGGCAUGAUGAAAUGGAUUUGAACAUAAACAAAGAAGAACCAGUAUCUGUUGAAUAUUUCGGCCCCAAAGGGGUUUCGAAAUUGGUUGAUUAUUCAGAUGAGGAAAUGGUAUCUUCUGAAAAAGGAGAUAUUUUGGAAAUUAAAAACCAUGAUAACAUGACUAAUGUUGGUUGUGAAAUCUCUCCAGGCGUAGAUGAUGAGCACAAUAAAUUGGACAACCAUGAGCAAGCGGAACAAAUCAUUACCACCAAUGGCAGUGGAGAGCAGCUUGCAUCUAAUAACUUUGAAUAUGUCGACCAUAAAGGAUCGCCACUCGAAGUCUCCAAAGAGCAAAUUGAGCAAAACUUGGCGUUGGGCGAUAGUAACCAACAACAGAUCGAAUCCAACAACUUCGAUAAUGUCGACCCCGAACAACCACAACUCGAUGGCUCUCAAGAGCAAGAUAAGUUCAUUUCAGAAAACGGCGAAAAUAUUGACCCGAAUAUUCAACCAAAAAUUAACACAAAAACGAAGCAAGUCUGUGUGCAAUGGACCGGAAAAGCUAACGAAGUACUUAUCACCGGAUCAUGGUUAGAUUGGAAAGAUAAAGUCGCUCUACGAAAAACGGAUGAAUAUCUCUGGUCUGUGAAUUUGGAUUUAGACAAAAAUUUGAAGGACAUAGAAAUGAAAUUUGUGGUUGACGGAGAAUGGUUAGUAUCACCAGACAUACCCACUGUGAAAGAUAUGAGCGGCAAUAGAAAUAACUACAUAAAACUUAUGCAUUAUUAAGGUAGGAGGAUUUGGUUCAAUAUAAGGAGGCACAGAGUGACAAUCGAAAAACAAACUACAUUGUUAUAUCAUAAAAACUUUUCUUUGGCGUAAUUUAAUGUUAACGAAGUGAGUUUUUCCUUGCGAUGAGUCAGCAUUUGUAUUACGGAAACUAAAUGCAUCCUGAGUUUAAACAUUGUCAGGUUGCCACUCUGCGUUAUUGAAUAGUAAUGUCUAUAUCGGAAUAACUGUUAUUCAAUGGUUUAUGUUUUUGUUAUUAUUAGGUCAUACACUGUCUUAUGGUUUGUUUAUUAUAUCAUAAACCACCAUUGUUCACCAAUUGUUGAGUGAUAAGAGAUGCUUUUGUUCCAUUAUUACGAUAUGUCCCACUGUGAAGAUAGAUGGACAAUGCAUUGAUAAACCCAGAUCAAAUGGUAUACUCUUCAGUAGAUGUUUAGUUAUUAGCGUUUUGUUCCGUGGUUGCGCUCGGCAUCGGUAUUAGAAAUAUGAAAAUGCACUCUUUCAUCUUAAAAUAGCGCUGACUUCCUAAAUAUAUUGCCU